AUGAAUUUUAUGCGAUAUGCUCCUAUUACGUUUGUAGAUGUUGAAAGGAGUUUUUCGGCAUUUAAAAAUUUAUUGACAGACAAUCGGCAGUCAUUUUUAUUUGAGAACAUCAAACGAGCACUUGUUGUCCAAUGCAACAGGACUCUUGGACGUCCAGUUAAUUUAAUAAAAUUCACUCUUUAUGAUUAUGGUGGUCCUAAUGGUUCAUUAGUAAUGAUCACUUUGGAACAUUUUAAAUCCCAACACUAUGAUCCAGAAGCUGCAAAGUGGAACAUAACAACUCUGAAUGCUGAGCAACCAAUGUUGAUAACUACAGAACAUGAUGAAAUUGAUAUAUUUAAAACAGUAUACCUUGUUCCAGAAUUAUGUAUCAUAACUGAACUUACAAAGAUUAUAGGAAUACAAAUGAAUGACGCAUACCAAAGGACAUACAUGAAUCAUUUGGAUGACAUCAUAAAUAAAAAUGUACACAAAUUAAUUAUAUGUGUAACCAGGUCACUUAAUAAUGAUCUUUGCAAUAAAAUAAAUAGAAAAUUAUGUAUCGGGACACCAGUACCAUCACAAUUAGUGUCUUUGAAACAAGUUACAAUCAACGACUAUUCAAAGAGUAUCAAAACUGCCAUACGAAUAAAUUGUAAGGUAGGCGGAGUGCCCUGGUUAGUGCGAUUCCCCAUGAAGAAUUGUAUGGCAGUUGGGUUGGAUAUCUACCAAGAUUUGCAUAACAGUGAUAGAUAUUUUUGUGCAGUUAUGGCUUCAAUGGAUGAUUCGUUCACGAGAUACUUCAGUUUUGUUGAAUCACUGUGUAAAGAGAAUAUUUCAGAAUUUUUUGUUUCAACUAUUGCUAAUGCUUUAUGCAAGUACAAAAACAGAAACGGAGAAUUACCUAAAAGGGUAUUUAUAUAUAGAGAUGGUUUAGAAUUUGAUACAAUAGAUAGAAAUAUUGUUAGUGUUUCUGAGAUUUUAUUAUUGAUGAAAAAACAAAAAGAGUCUUAUUGUGGAACGAGUUCUAUGGUUCCUUUUGCUUAUAUUACAAUAAUUAAAAAAGAAGCAACUCAAUUAUUUAGUCAAUAUGGUCCUACAAAAUAUCGAAAUCCUCCUCCUGGAACAAUUGUUGAUACUAGUAUCACUGACCCCAUUACAAAUGAUUUCUUCUUGAUUUCACAUACACUAAAAUCUGGGACAGUAUCACCAACUUACUAUCGUUUAGCUCUUAAUACUAUUCCUUAUUUAACGAUAGACGAAGUACACAUGUUUACAUACAUGUUAACUCACAUGUACUACAAUUGUUCUCAUACUAUACGAGUUCCUGCUCCAUGUCGAAUGGCAUACAAGUUAGCUCAUUUUUGUGCGAAUUCACUUCAGAGUACUCAAAACAUAUUGUUACACGGAUUGCCAUUCUUUUUUUAA